GCAAAUCCCAAUUGUUAAAAUUACACACUCUGUAUAUCAAAUUUCUAUAUGUAAGGAGAGAUUGAUUAAUCGCUGAACUUUUACAUUUCAUUCCCCUUUAAGAGAUGCAGGGUUACACCUAAGCUGCGUUAUUGCAUUCCACGUUUGUAGCCUAGUAACCUUUCAUUUGCCGGCUUUGGGUUUGUUUGGAUCAUGAAGUCAUUGGAGUAGAAGUACUAUCCUCCACCCGUUCUCGCAUAAGUCCAAACAACAUCCAAAUCAAAAUGAAAUGUAAGCCCAAGUGAACCCAAACAAUAAGGCCCAAGCAAUCCAUUGCAGCUGUGGCAAAGCAAGGAGGGCCUGAAGGAUUUUGUAGGGUUUAGGGUUCUCAUUAAAUAAAUUCAGUAAACAAUGGCUGAAACUCUCAAGGUUGCGAAGUGCUUCUCUCGCAGCAGUUUACAGAACAAUAAUGGCCUUGGCCAUAAUAGUUUCCAGAAUAACGGUGGCCUUGGCCGCAAGCAUAAUGGUAGCAGAAGAAUAAACAAAAAAGGUUUUGUAGUAAAUUCCUUUCAUAAUUUGAAGAGUUUAGCAAGCUUUCCUUUACCCUCAUCCUCAUCUUCAAUACAGAGGACGAGACUCAAUCUUAGCCGGUUGCUUCAGAAGGCCUCUGUCUCAAAUGUCUCGAAGAGAAUGCCCAUUGUGUGCAUGGCUGCAGAUGGUGAUCGUGAGGUGCCACUCUCAGAUUAUAGAAACAUUGGAAUUAUGGCCCACAUAGAUGCAGGAAAAACUACUACCACAGAGAGGAUAUUAUUUUACACAGGCAGAAAUUACAAGAUUGGGGAGGUUCAUGAAGGGACUGCUACGAUGGAUUGGAUGGAGCAGGAGCAAGAAAGAGGCAUAACAAUCACUUCUGCUGCAACAACAGCUGUGUGGAAUAAUCAUCGUAUAAACAUUAUUGAUACUCCUGGUCAUGUGGACUUUACUUUGGAAGUGGAGCGUGCUCUUAGGGUGCUUGAUGGGACUAUUUGUUUGUUUGACAGUGUGGCUGGUGUGGAGCCACAGUCAGAGACUGUAUGGAGACAAGCAGAUAGGUAUGGAGUUCCCAGGAUUUGCUUUGUUAAUAAAAUGGAUAGACUUGGAGCAAACUUUUUCAGGACUAGAGAUAUGAUAAUAACAAACCUAGGGGCAAAACCUCUUGUUCUGCAAAUCCCAAUUGGGGCAGAGGAUAGCUUUCGAGGAGUUGUUGAUUUGAUCCGAAUGAAAGCAAUAGUGUGGUCAGGGGAAGAACUAGGUGCAAAGUUCAGCUAUGAAGACAUUCCAGCUGAUCUUUUAGAUUUGGCCUUGGAGUAUAGGAACCAAAUGCUUGAAACUAUAGUGGAAAUUGAUGAUGAAGCAAUGGAGAAAUAUCUCGAGGGGGAAGAGCUUGAUGAGAAAACAAUUAAGAAACUGAUCAGAAUGGGCACCAUAGCCAUUAAAUUUGUUCCAGUGAUGUGUGGUUCAGCUUUCAAGAAUAAAGGUGUGCAGCCUUUAUUAGAUGCUGUUGUGGAUUUUUUGCCUUCUCCUCUUGACUUACCACCAUUGAAGGGGACUGAUGCAGAUGAUCCAGAGGUGAUCCUAGAAAGACGCCCAAGUGAUGAUGAACCAUUUGCAGGACUUGCUUUCAAAAUUAUGGCAGAUCCAUUUGUGGGGUCUCUUACAUUUGUAAGAGUUUACUCUGGCAAGCUAAAUUCUGCAUCAUAUGUGCUUAAUUCCAACAAAGGAAAGAGAGAGAGAAUAGGACGAUUAUUGCAAAUGCAUGCAAAUAGCCGUGAGGAAGUCAAGGCUGCUGUGGCAGGGGACAUAGUAGCACUUGCUGGCUUGAAGGAGACUAUAACUGGAGAGACACUUUGCGAUCCAGAGAAACCCAUUGUGCUGGAAAGGAUGAACUUUCCCGAUCCUGUUAUUAAGGUUGCAAUUGAACCUAAAACAAAAGCUGAUGUGGAUAAGAUGUCCAUGGGUCUUAUCAAACUUGCUCAGGAAGAUCCUUCUUUCCACUUCUCAAGAGAUGAAGAAGGCAACCAAACUGUAAUAGAAGGAAUGGGGGAGUUGCAUCUGGAAAUCAUUGUUGAUCGUUUGAAGAGAGAGUUCAAGGUUGAGGCUAAUGUGGGUGCACCUCAAGUGAACUAUCGAGAAAGCGUCUCCAAGACAGCAGAAGUUAAGUAUGUGCACAAGAAACAAUCAGGUGGUCAAGGCCAGUUUGCAGACAUAACUAUAAGAUUUGAACCUAUGGAAGCUGGUGGUGGGUAUGAAUUCAAGAGUGCAAUUAAGGGUGGAGUUGUGCCUAAGGAGUAUAUACCAGGUGUAAUGAAGGGAUUAGAAGAGUGUAUGGGCAAUGGUGUUCUGGCAGGCUUCCCUGUUGUUGAUGUGCGGGCUACCCUUACAGAUGGAUCGUAUCAUGAUGUGGACUCCAGUGUAUUAGCAUUCCAGCUUGCAGCUCGUGGGGCUUUCAGGGAAGGAAUGAGAAAGGCAGGCCCAAAAUUGCUGGAACCCAUAAUGAAAGUAGAAGUUGUGACACCUGAGGAGCAUUUAGGAGAUGUUAUUGGUGAUCUCAAUUCAAGGCGUGGUCAAAUCCACAGCUUUGGUGAUAAGCCAGGAGGACUAAAGGUUGUUGAUGCAUUGGUGCCACUGGCAGAGAUGUUUCAGUAUGUGAGUACACUCCGUAGUAUGACCAAAGGCCGUGCAUCUUAUACCAUGCAACUUGAUAAGUUUGAUGUGGUACCUCAGCAUAUUCAAACUCAAAUUUCCACAAAGUCUGAACAGGUUGCUGCAUGAUGUUUGGGCGAAAAUUUUAUGAAAUUGUAUUAGCUGGAUGUCCAAGCAAUCAAUGGGCCAUAAAAUGAUAAAUGUAUCUAAUGCAUGAAAAUACUAUCAUUUUGUCUAUCUGUUUCAUUCGUUGGUAAAUUGUAGAAAAACACCAUCAGCACUUGUUGAUGGAAGAGAUCAAAGCCCAAGUAUUUGCUACAA